AUGUCAAAGCCACAAAUGACAGUCGAUAAAGAAGCACAAUACGAUAGACAAUUACGAUUAUGGGCCACUUCAGGACAACUGAAUUUGGAAAAUAGUCAUAUUGCCUUGAUCAAUGCUAGUGCUACUGGAUGUGAAGUAUUGAAAAACUUGAUCUUGCCUGGCAUUGGUAAAUACACCAUUAUUGAUGAUAGAAUAGUGACUCAUGAAGAUUUAUCAUCCAAUUUCUUUCUCAAAUUAAAGGACUUGGAUAAGAAAUUGGCACAUUGUGUAAAGACGAAUUUGAAUGAAUUGAAUGGCGAUGUGACUGGAUUUGCUAUUGAAAAGUCCUUGCAAGAGAUAUUAGAUUACGAUACUGACUAUAAGUUUUGGGAUCAAUUUCAUUGUGUUAUUGUUAGUAACUAUACUCCUAAAUUGGAUACUUUAAUUGAUUUGCUUUGGAACAAGCGUAUACCUUUACUUGUGGUUAAUACAGUGGGAUUUUAUGGAUCAUUGAAUCUAAUAGCUAAUGAAAGCACCGUUAUUGAAACUCAUGAUCCUUCAAAAUUAUUCGAUUUGAGAAUUGACAAGCCAUGGCCUGAAUUACAACAAUAUGCCGACUCUUUUAGGAUGGAUGAAUUGAAUGAUCAAGACCAUGCGCAUGUACCUUAUAUUGUCAUUUUUAUCAAGGCGUUACAAUUUUGGAAAACCACCCACAAUGGUGAGCCGCCAUCAACUUAUAAUGAAAAGAAAUCAUUUAAAAAUUUAAUUGAAUCAAUGUCAAGAAAUAUCAAUUUAGAAACUAAUUUCAUUGAAGCUUUACAAUCUUGUCAUCGAGCUUUUCAAAAGACUGAAUUACCGCAAAGUAUAAAGAGUUUAGUUGAAUCAAUUGAUUCACGGCCAAUUACAGCACAAACAUCAAUAUUUUGGAUCUAUAUUGCUGCAUUGCGUGAAUUUCUCUUGUUGAAUAAUAACAUCCUUCCAUUGCCAGGUAAACUACCCGAUAUGGCAUCCGAUUCUAAAAACUAUACAAUGUUGUCGCGACUUUAUCGCGAUAAAGCAAUAAAGGAUCAAGAACUAUUUACCAACCAAGUUUACAAAAUCCUUGAUCAAGUUGGUAAACCACGAGAUUCAAUAACCAGUGAAUCAAUAGCGACAUUUUGUAAAAAUACUCAAUUAUUAUUUGUCACUUCAGGAUCGAAAAAUUUAAUUGCAGAUUCGUUAUUGAGUAGUCUCAACUCAUCAUGUCAAUUAAUGGAAGGAUCCAAUUCCAUUGAAACUGAUAUGAUUUCCAUCUAUGUGGGCAUUUUAACUUUUAAUGCGUACAUUGAAGAAUAUAAAACACCACCAACAAUUGAUGAUUUAGUAGAGUUUAUAUCCAUUUACCAGUCAAAAAUAUUAAAAUCAAACAGCAGCAGCAACAACGACAACAACAACAACAGCAGCAGCAGCAGCAAAAACAGCAAAAACAACAAAAACAAAAACAGCAGCAGCAACAGCAGCAACAGCUCCGCCGAAUCCCCCUUCUCUCCUACUCAUUCAACUCCGCAAAUUCAAUCAUCAACAUUGGACAUUUUCAAGGAAAUUCUAAUCCACAAUUCAACCAAUUACCCCAAUUUAAGUAGCUUAAUGGGUGGGGUGGCCAGCCAGGAGAUCCUAAAAUUGACUACAGCUCAAUAUAUCCCGUUGGAUAAUUUAUUCGUCUUUGAUGGUAUAAAAUCAAGUAGUGAAAGAUUUAAAAUACAAUAA